AUGCGAGAUCCAUAUCAUCCUGUGUCAUUGGCAUUGAAUUGUCAAGAUUUCUUCUUUGAGGAGUUUACCAAGGACAUCGACAUUGUGAUGACAGGUCCCAACUUUAUUGAUACCUUCCAAAACAAAGAUCCUUACCCAAUUGGACUCAAGUCCACCACUCACUCUGCGCCUUGGGGUACAGUUUGUAAUGCUACUUACGGUGAUUGUGGAUGUGACAAUUGUGAAGGAAACUUGAGCGAUCUUUCAAGUCGUAUGAGACGUUUCAAAUCAUACCGAAGAUCUUUAGGUCGGGAUAGAAGUUUGAUGAUCUGGGGAAUUCCUCAGUCUUUUUGGGAUGAUAGUUAUUGGACUCGUUCACCUACUGGACAAGAGUAUUUGACUAGCUGUACAAUAUAUGUCAUUGAAGGAGCUGUAGGAUUGAUGGCUUGGGCUGAUGGUUCAAUGACCCCUGAGCAGUUCGAUGGAACUUUGGAUGAAGCAGCUACACAGUUUAGUGGCGCUUUAAAAACCAUGACACCCUAUCUUGCAACUCCUCAACUCGAAAUUCCAGAGCCGACUGAAUCAAACUAUGUCUUAGCGAGAUUAUGGGUUUCUUAUGACCAAAAAUCAGUACUGGUGAUGACUGCAAAUAUGAAAGCUGAAGUCGGUGAAUGGACAAUCAAAAUCCCAGAAUCAAUUGGAUCAAUUUCUCUCAAGUCUCAGAAUAUAUUAUUUGCUUCUGGAGUUAUAGAUCAGCCAGGUUUUCAAAACGGUCAACUUUUUGGUAAAAUUGAGAAAAUAGGAUGUGCUGCUUGGGUAUUUGAUUUAGAUAAUGUAGCUGUCAGAACACUUUUGAUUCAUCAAGAUAAUACUCUUUGA